UACAUUCUGUAUUUCACUGAAUUAAUAUAUAGAGAACACAUAGGCCUACAUGAUUCACAGAAAGAAAAGAGGAGGUGGUGGUCAACAGGGGCCAACGGCACAUUUUUUUCUCUGCAUAAUGGUUCAUUUAAAAGAUUUUUUACAACUUUGAAGCUGUGAAAGAACUCAGUAUCUCACAAGUAAGAAGCAAAUGUUAUAGAGAAGUUUAAAAAAAGAAUAUACAUUUGUGAAACAGAAACAUUUUUUACGUUCAAUCACCUGGUAACCCCUGCUGUGGUAAUUUUGGUUAACUGUUUUGAUUUGCUUGCUUACAGCAUGACAGGAGUGACAUUUUGUUUCCUUCCUGCUUGUGCAUUUUAACAGAAAGACAAAAAACUAAACUUAAACCUGAAAUCAAAUCAACUUCCAGGCAAGACCAAGAUCAGUGCUGAAGAAUAAACAGACAUAUAGGUAAAAACAUUUUUCUCAAUAUACCUACACAUUAAAAAACGACUUGCUUAAAUAAACGUUAAUUAAAAACAAACCUCAUAAACAGGGUCAGAGGUCAUGGUUCACCUGCAGAACAUCUGCAGGAGCUGGAGGAAAGGUCAGCUUUGCUACAGGCGUUUCAUCUGUGGCUUGAGCUCAAGCUGUCCAGGCAAAACUCAGUCCCCAUUUUUAUUACUUUGCCUCCCUGCUGUCACAAACCAGUAGGCGAUGUUAAAUACUGCAAAGAGGCAGACAGAACAGCUACUCCUACAUCAUAGUAAUAAAAAACAGACUGCCAGUCCCGCACAGACACUGGUGCGGUAGCCUUUGGCAAGGUGUUACUCCCUAAAUACCUCAGCAGAGGUGAGUCAGAAUUUAAUCAGGUGGUUUUUAGCAUAAUAAUGGAGAGUAAUGGCCGAGCAGAAAUGACCGUAGGAAGCCAAAAACGCACUUAAGGGGAACAUCGAGGAAAAAUGUCCCCUCUGCUGUGACAGUGUAGUGACCUACUGUAUAUGUAAUAAUUCACUGAUCCAUUUUGCCCGUAGAAACUGCAGAUAAUGUGCAGCGGUUUGUGGAGGCACGGGUGUUAGAUCCUCCUCCUCGCCACAUGGAGGCGCCGCAGACCCGCAUUCCUGCGUCCCACUUGCUCGCUUGACAAUGCAAAAAAAGUAGUGGAGCCGUUACGGGGUAAAGGAGGGGGGGGGCUCUUUUUGAACGCUUUAGCUCCAGAUCAGAUGCUCCCUGUGCGGGCUGUGGAGGGAGCAGGCAGGCAGGCAGGCAAGCGCUUCUGCGAAGGGGGCACUCAGCGAUGAAUGAAUGGAGCUGAGCGCACAACUUCUCUCCAGUCCUCCUUCUCUUCCUGCUGCUGCUGCUGCUGCUGCUGGAGUUUUCUCUAGGAUUUUCUUCUUGUGACAAAACGAACUGGACUUUACUUCCUCUGCCAGCAUGUAUUCAGCAGCACUGCUACUGAUGCUGGCCGUCGGGAUCUACGCAGAUAGUAUGGAAGGACCAACAGCUGGCUGUACCUUUGACGAGGACUCAGACCCAGGCUUGUGUGAAUACCGACAGGGCCAAGAGGAUGACUUUGACUGGCAGCUAAUCAGGACCUACAACUGGCCACACCCGACCCCAGAUCUUCUACGAGGGUCCUUCAUGAUGGUUAAUUCGUCGCAGCAUUUCGGAGGCCAGCGGGCUCAGCUACUCUUGCUCCCACUCAGCGAGAACGACACCCACUGCAUCCAGUUCAGCUACUUCCUCUACAGCCGUGAUGGCCACAGCCCAGGGGACCUGCAGGUCUACAUUCGGGUCAACGGAGGCCCCAAGGGAAGUGCUGUGUGGAAUAUCUCGGGCUCCCAGGGGCGCCAGUGGCACCAGGUGGAGCUUGCCGUCAGCACUUUCUGGCCCAGUGAAUACCAGGUCAUCUUUGAAGCGACUGUUUCCGAGGAGCGACAGGGCUACAUUGCCUUGGACGACAUUGUGCUGCUCAAUUACCCUUGUUACAAGGUGCCUCAUUUCUCUCGGCUGGGUGAUGUGGAGGUGAACGCCGGGCAGAACGCCUCGUUCCAGUGUGUCGCCACAGGCAAAGUUUCUGAGACUGAGCCGUUCCUCCUGGAGCGGAGGAACGGUGUGGUGCUGGACAUGCCUUUGCUGUCACGGCUGAGCCACAAGCGGCUGAUGGCAACUUUCCAGGUGGAGGCACAACGUGGGGAGCAGGACCUCUACCGCUGCAUCACCCUGUCCCCCAGAGGUGCUGCCGUCUCCAACUUCGGAGAACUCAUUGUCAGAGUGCCCCCAACGCCGAUUGCACCCCCUCAGCUCCUGCGGGCAGGCCCUACCUAUCUGAUCAUCCAGCUCAACACUAACUCCAUCGUAGGGGAUGGACCAGUCAUUCGACGGGAAAUCCAGUACCGGGCCAGCCAGUCCACGUGGACAGAGACUCACGGUGUGGGCUCACUUACCUAUAAGGUUUGGCAUUUGGAGCCAGACACAGAGUACCGCAUCAGUGUCCUGCUCACCCGGCCUGGGGAGGGGGGCACCGGAGCACCUGGACCCCCUCUGAUCAGCAGGACAAAGUGUGCAGAGCCCAUGCGUGCCUUGCGGGGUCUGACAGCUACAGAGAUCCAGCCACGGCAGCUAGCCCUUCAGUGGGAGCCCCUGGGCUACAACCUCACCCGCUGUCACACCUAUUCCUUGUCCUUGUGCUACCGCUACUCGAUGCCAACAGGGGGCAGCGGAGGGAACAACGCCACUGUCAGAGAAUGCCUGUCCGUGGAACGUAACACUUCUCACUUCACCUUGAGAGACCUGCCACCCUUCCGCUCAGUCCACGUCCGACUGGCUCUGGCCAACCCUGAAGGAAAGAAGGAGAGCAGAGAGGUCACCUUCCAGACUGAAGAAGACAUUCCUGGCGGCAUCGCUCCAGAGUCCCUGACCUUCACCCCACUCGAUGACAUGAUCUUUCUCAAGUGGGAGGAGCCCAUUGAGCCCAACGGUCUCAUCACACAGUACGAGAUCAGUUACCAGAGUAUCGAGUCGUCAGACCCAGGCAUUAAUGUGCCUGGUCCUCGCCGUACAGUGUCCAAACUGAGGAACGAGACCUACCACAUGUUCUCUGGCCUGCACCCUGGAACCACCUACCUGGUGUCAGUCCGUGCCCGAACUACCAAGGGGUUUGGCCAGACGGCGCUCACCGAGAUCACCACCAACAUCUCUGCCCCGGUGUUUGACUAUGAAGACAUCCCCUCUCCGCUGAGUGAGUCGGAGAGCACCAUCACUGUGCUGCUGCGCCCUGCGCUGGGGAGAGGGGCUCCUGUCAGCGCCUACCAGGUGGUGGUAGUAGAAGAGGACGGGUCCCGUCAGGUGAGACGAAGGGAGCUUGGCACCGUCGACUGUUUCCCCACUCCAAACUCCCACAACGAGGCCCAGGCCAAAGGGGCUCCACAUUACUACACAGCCGAGCUGGCUCCGAGCAGCCUGCCCGAUGCCACACCUUUCACUGUGGGCGACAACCACACCUACAACGGCUACUGGAACAGCCCUUUAGAUCCCACCAAGAACUAUCUCAUCUAUUUUCAGGCCACCAGCAACUUCAGAGGGGAGACCAGAAUAAACUGUAUUCGGAUUGCUCGCAAAGCUGCCUGUAAGGACUCUAAGCGGGCUCUGGAGGUAUCCCAGCAUGCAGAGGACAUGGGUCUGAUUCUUGGGGCCUGUGCCGGUGGUCUGGUGGUCCUCAUUCUGCUUCUGGGGGCCAUCGUCAUCAUUGUCAAGAAGGGAAGGGACUUCUAUUCUUACCCUUACUACCCUAGGAAGAAGGUGGCCAUAAACAAGGCAGCCAUGUCCUACAGGCAGGAGAAGAGUCGGAAACUGAGUUCUUUAGACUGCAGCAUGACAGAGCAGAGCACUCUCCAGCAGGAUGAGAGGAUGGCCCACUCCUUCAUGGAUGCCCACGGCUGCAACGCUCGAAAUGAACAACGUAGCUCCGUCAACGAGUCCAGCAGCUUACUGGGGGGCUCGCCGCACCGCCACUGUCGAAGGAAGAGCUCGCCGUAUCACACGGGUCAGCUCCACCCUGCUGUAAGAGUUGCUGACCUCCUCCAGCACAUCAACCAAAUGAAGACGGCCGAGGGAUACGGUUUCAAACAAGAAUAUGAGAGUUUCUUUGAUGGCUGGGACGUCACGAAAAAGAAGGACAAGACCAAAGGAAGACACGAUAGUUUGCUUAGCCAUGAUCGGCAUCGGGUCAAACUCCACUCUCUGCUUGCAGACCCCAGUUCUGAUUAUGUCAAUGCCAACUACAUUGAUAUUCGGAUAAACAGGGAAGGUUACCAGCGAUCAAACCACUUCAUCGCCACUCAAGGCCCCAAGCAGGAGAUGAUCUACGACUUCUGGCGGAUGGUUUGGCAGGAGAACUGCUUCAGUAUUGUCAUGAUCACCAAGCUGGUGGAAGUGGGCAGGAUGAAGUGCUGUAAGUAUUGGCCUGAUGACACUGAGCUCUAUGGUGACAUUAAAAUAACGCUGCUGAAGACAGAGACACUGGCAGAGUACACUGUGCGCACCUUUGCCAUGGAAAGGAGAGGUUACCCUGCCAAACACGAGGUGUGCCAGUUCCACUUCACAUCCUGGCCUGAGCACGGCGUGCCAUACCACGCCACCGGCCUGCUGGCUUUCCUACGCCGUGUCAAAGCCUCAACACCUCCUGAUGCCGGCCCUGUGGUGGUCCAUUGCAGUAUGGGGGCAGGCAGGACCGGCUGCUACAUUGUGCUGGAUGUCAUGCUGGAUAUGGCUGAAUGUGAAGGAGUGGUGGACAUCUACAACUGCGUCAAGACCCUUUGCUCAAGACGCAUCAACAUGAUCCAGACUGAAGAGCAGUAUGUGUUCAUCCAUGAUGCCAUCUUGGAGGCUUGUCUGUGCGGAGAGACUGCCAUCCCCGUUAAUGAGUUUGCUCUCAUCUAUAAGGAGAUGCUGAAAGUUGACUCUCAGAGCAACACCUCGCAGCUUAGAGAGGAGUUUCAGACUCUGAACUCGGUAACUCCUCACCUGGAUGUGGAGGAGUGUAGCAUUUCUCUGAUGCCCCGGAACCGAGAGAAAAACCGCAGCAUGGACGUCCUGCCCCCGGACCGCUCCCUGGCCUUCCUCAUCACCACAGAGGGAGAAAGCAGCAACUACAUCAACGCCGCGCUCGCCGACAGCUUCCUCAGGCCUGCCGCCUUCGUGGUGACGCCGCACCCGCUGCCCGGCACCACAACCGACUUCUGGAGGCUUGUUUACGACUAUGGCUGCACCUCAGUGGUGAUGCUCAAUCAGCUCAACCAGUCAAACUCUGCCUGGCCAUGUCUGCAGUAUUGGCCUGAGCCAGGGCUGCAGCAGUUUGGGCCCAUGACAGUGGAGCUUCUGUCCAGGACAGCCGACGAUGACGUUAUCAUCCGUCUCUUCCGGGUUCAGAACAUCACCCGGCUUCAGGAAGGCCAGCUUGUGGUGCGUCACUUCCAGUUCCUGCGCUGGUCUCCGUAUCGCGACGUGCCCGACUCCAAGAAAGCUUUCCUCAGUCUUUUGGCUCAAGUUCACAACUGGCAGAGGGAGUGUGGGGAGGGACGCACCAUCGUCCACUGUCUGAAUGGCGGCGGUCGAAGCGGUACUUUCUGUGCCUGCACCAUGAUCCUGGAAAUGAUUCGUCACCACAGCAUGGUGGACGUGUUCUUUGCUGCCAAAACUCUGCGCAACUCUAAGCCAAACAUGGUGGAGACGAUGGAGCAGUAUCGGUUCUGCUAUGAGCUGGCCCAGGAGUACCUGGACUGCUUGGAAGUCAGAUAGCACCUAUCCCUCUCCUCUCAUUCCUCCUCAAGGAGAGGGUCUGGAUCCUGGAUCCUGCAUCCUGGAUUUCUGCACCUGGCUCCUUAGCCCGUGUAUACAGCUCUGGUUGUCUUCUUCGCCAUGCCUGGUUGAAACGUUGUUUGCCAUAAAAACUGACUGAGAAUGCUCACUGGACAACUUGUAACAUACUACUGACACCCUUUUUGCUUUUCCUCGGCGCUCCGAUCCAACGUGUACUCUUUUGUGCCACUUUACAUCUGCCAAACCAGAGGACACUAACAGGAGUGGAGUUCAUUUUCUAUAUGACCACUAUCAAGGCAGCCGAACUACCUGUUGUACACCUCGAUGACGGGACUGGAAGAGCUCUGCUGUAUCCUGCCUUACUAUGAACAAACACUGAAAGGAAACUACAGUUGAUGCCAACCACUGAGUGAUAUUUUGUGUUUGUUUGUAACACUGUAAAUGGUGCAAUCUGCUGUUGGUGAACAUCCCAUGUCGUACUAUAUUUGAACUUUAUCGUGGGUAAGACUGACGAUUGACGGUUGAUUUAGUGAGGAAAGGAAAGAAGUCGGUAACAUCCGAUGGACAUAUCUGUACAGUAGAGUUGUCUUGGACCUAUUUUCUCUUUAUUUAUUCUUCGUGUAAAUAGAUGUUUUUUUCCUCCCCCUCCCCCUCGGAUGUUUCUAGAUGUUCUCAACGUCUUAUCAAUGUGCCAAUCCAUUCUCUCUGUGUCUGUAAAUGGGGACCACUUCAGCAUCUGCAUGCCCAGUCUUAAGUGUUUCAUUGCAGUGUGUGGCCCAAGUCUGCUUUAGGGUGGAUUCUGCGACGUGAAUCCUUCCGCUAGUCCCGAGAGAGCUCUGUAAGAAUAACCAUGUGUUGCUGUGAGAAUACGGCCAAACUCUGUCGCUUUCUAAAUUUGUAUUUAUUCAAUGUGUUUUAUUUUCUAAAUAGUGUAUAAAACAGGAAAAGAAAUAAAAUAUGAUGUUGUUGCUUAACAAUC